AUGUCACAGUUUUCCGUUUUAGCAUCACUCAUAAACAGUAGGUUAGAAGGAGCUUGCGAAACUUUAAAUGAACUCAAGAUGAGAUCCGAUUCGCCUUACAAAGAUCAGAAGGUCGCCAUACUCUCCGAUGUCCACAACAAGCUCUGCGACGCCGGCGAGAUCCUCCAUAAUUCCCUCACUUGCCUGCUCACUGUAAUUAUUGCUGUCAGCUUUGUAGGAAUCAUUGUGCUUACCUUCUAUAUGUAUUCAGACCAAGAACGCAACGAAAACUUUGAUAUUCGUCUUUUACUAUUUCAAGAUGAGAAAGUAUUGUUAAUUAUUUCAUUUUUUACCACCAUCUGGAAGAUCGCUGCCUCUUCAUCAAAACUAACUCAAAAGGUUUUCAAUUUACCUAACUAUAUAUACAAAUCUGGUGCGACAUAA